AUGCGGGCUACUCUCGUUUGCGCCGUUGCCUUCUUUUCAUCUCUGACUUCUGCGCAGUUCGUUGCGCAGCCUACGGAUCUCAAGACGGUCAAGGGGGCCGGAGGCGUCAAUGUCCGAUUUAAAGAGGUGCCGAACGGCAUCUGCGAGACGAACCCCAACGUGAAGAGCUUCGCCGGCUACGUGGACGUCAGCCCAACGCAGCACAUGUACUUUUACAUGUUUGAAGCACGACAGAAUGCCGCCGCAGCUCCCUUGACCGUCAGGCUCGACGGCGGGCCGGGAGCGUCCUCCAUGAACGGCCUCUUCACCGAGAUCGGCCCUUGUUCCAUCGACGCCAAGGGCAAAGUGGUGGACAACCCGAACUCGUGGUCGACGGUGAGCAACCUGCUCUUCGUCGACCAGCCCGCGACCGUCGGCUUCUCCUUCACCAACCUGGUCAACGGCACCGUCAACCCAAAGACGGCCGAGAUCGUGCCCCAGCAGUGCACAUCCGCGGACCCCAUGUGCGGGACCUACUCCUCCAUGGACGUCUCCCUGACGCCCAACUCGACGGCCGACGCUGCGAAAGUCUUUUACCAGGUGAUGCAGGGGAUCAUGGGCGCCUUCCCGCAGUACGCGGCCAACGGCGUACACAUCAACGGUCAGUCGUACGGCGGCCAUUACGUGCCGGUCUUCGCCGACUUCAUCACCCAGCAGAACAAGGCGAAAGCCCCCGGCACCGUCCAGGUGCCCCUCAAGUCCAUCUCCAUCGAGGACGGCUUCAUGGACACCCGCGUGCAGUUCGGCGCCUAUUUCAACUACUCCGUCUCCCCGGGUAACCCCUACGACGUGAAACCCUUCAACGACACCCAGCAGAAGCAGCUCUUCACCAACAUGUUUGGCCAGGGCGGCUGCCAGGACCGUCAAAACGCCUGCAACGCCCAGCCGACCGACAAGCUCUGCGCCGAGGCCGACGCCUUCUGCGUCAAGAACGUGGAAGACUUUUGGGACGUCAACGCCGGCCGCGCCGAGAACGACAUCCGCCUCCUCCUUCCGGAACCCUACCCCUCGGCCACGUUCGUGAGCUACCUCAACAGGGCCGACGUGCAAGCCGCCAUUGGGGCGUCCAACAACUUCACGCAGGCGUCGGUGCAGACCGCCAUCGCCUUCGGGUCCACGGGCGACGACAGCCGUACGGGGGCGCUGGUCACGCAGUCGCUCAAGAACCUCGUCCAGCAGGGCAUCACCGUCUCCCUCUUCACCGGCGACGCCGACUACGACAGCAACAUGAUUGGUGCACAGAUCGUCGCGGCGCAGCUGGGCACGGCGAACUGGGCGAGCGCCGGGUUCGUCAACAUGUCUGCCAACACGGACGGGCAGGUACCCGGGGAGGUGAAGCAGGCCGACAACUUCUCCUUCACGCGGCUCUUCUUCGCGGGUCACCUCUCUGCCUUUAACCAGCCCGAGGCGGCGCUGAGGAUCCAGGAGCGGACGAUCAAGGGGGUGGACAUCGCGUCUGGGACGACGCCGAUGGUGUUUGGGAAGAACUUGAUCACGCAGGGCCCGCCGGAGAGCACCUUCAGAGAAGGGUCCGCGACGGUGCAGACAAAGGUUGUUCCCAAGGGCGCCGUGUAUGAUCCGCAUACGCAUCUGCCCGUUUUGCCUGCACAGGCGGCGGCGGUGGAUGGUGGUGCUGAGUUUAGUGUCAAGGCCGACCAAGAUCCGGAUAUGGAGCCUCAUCCGCUGGCUGGUAUGACGGCGAAGAAUAUCAGAAAGAUGUUGAGAGAAAAUGGGCCGCCACAGCUAAGAAUUUAG